AUGAGGAAGAAGCUGGGCACCCGGUUCCCCGCGGCACGGAUCAAAAAGAUAAUGCAAGCAGAUGAGGAUGUUGGCAAAAUUGCACUGGCUGUGCCUGUUUUAGUUUCGAGAGCCCUUGAAUUGUUUCUGCAAGAUUUGAUUGACCGCUCAUACAAAAUUACUCUUCAAAGUGGUGCAAAGACACUGAAUUCCUUCCACCUGCUCCAAAGAGGAACCAGAAUAUGGAAAGCUGACGAGUACAAGAAAAACAUUGGGAAAUUAUUGUCAAGGCUCAAGAUGUAUCAGCAGAUGCUCAGAAAGCAAUGUGUGAAGAGGUACAGCUCUUUUGACUUCCUAACUGAGAUUGUCAACAAGGUGCCAGAUCUCGGUGGCGGUGAAUCUUGUGGAGAUGAAAGAGGAUUACCCAGAAGAAGGAAAUUUUCAAAUGGAAGCGACCCAGAGAAUGAGGAGCCCCGAUCUAGCAAAAUGCCCAUAAGAAGCUUGAACACUAGUCCCAGAGGACGAGGCAGAGGUCGAGGAAGAGGGCGAGGGCGGCCUCCAACCAAGAGAAAGGAAAUUGGUUAUGUACAGUUUGAGGAUGAGAGCAGCAUGUUUGCUGAACAAAGUGAACCCUUGCCAGGAGAUGAGAUAGUUCCAGAGACCAACCGUGGCAAUGAGAUUAUUCCCCAAAGCUCACAUCCUUUAGUGGAGGCUCCAUCGGUCGUGACGCCAGCUGUGAUUUCAAAGGUUGAAAAAGCCACCAACCAUCAGCCAGAUUUGCCUAUGCCAGAUGCCAUUGGAGGCAUUGGUGUUGGACCGUCCAGUUUUGGACAUCUGACAGUGCAGGUUGAUGAGGAAGAGGACUACGAUAAUGAGGAUUAG